AUGAUCCGCUUACCCCCAACAAGCAUAUCCCUUUCCGAAAAUGAUAUCCAGUUCCAUAUGCAACAGGCUGAAAUCUACCAAGGACUUGUCAAGCAAGGCUUCGAUAAACAGGACAUCAGCCGCUAUCUCGAAGAUUAUCGCAGGAAUGCUUUGCCAGCGAUAGAUUCUUCGGUCCCAGUCCAAGUCACACGCGCCCCAAGUACUCUCGAUCUUGCAUGCCGCCCCAGAAAAAUUCGUUCAGCAGUAGAUGCAGUCCGCAGGGUCGAGAAGAAGGACACCGGACAGCCCUCCGGUUCUUUUGAACCUAAUACGUUCUCGGAGGAUGCCAAAGAUUCCUCUGCAGAUUCAAAUUAUGACCCUAGCCCAAGUGACGGCGGUGAUGAUGCUGUCACCGAUGGUGAAUCCCCAUCCAUAUCGCCCGCUGCAAUUCCAUCAAAUGGUUAUCCCCACAUGCAUGCCCCUCGCCAGAGCUCCUUGCUGAGGUUCGCAACCGCUGUUUCUCCUGAUCGCCAUUCAGGUACUCCUCAACCACCAGAGACAGCCCAAGUUCCUUCUUUACGUCUCACACGACGGUACAGGCCACGAAGCCAGACAGACCCCUACAGUUCGUCGGAAGUGGAACUUUCUUCAACAAGUGUAUCAGGGCAUGUUGUUGAAGGAGUCGCUCGAAUUUCUUUAGAGGACAGUUGUCACUCGGCGUAUUCUAGUGAUUUUGGCUCGGAUGGACUCGCUUUGCCCUCCCCUCCACUGCACCAUUUUGGGAGUCUUCGUCGACGCCCUUCGGUAGCAUCCCUUCGCACUAGUGUCGGCAUCUCUCAAAGCUCUGAGGAACGUCUUGAAGACCCUCUUGUUGCGACUCAACCAAAUUCCUCAUUGCUUCGUACUCAGAGCAGCGACUUAUUACCUAUCCUACACUCACAAGUUGAACUACCUAGUUCGCCCCCUGCUCAAGAAUCAUCUCUCUUUGAUCGGUCACCACCUCCUCGUACUGAGGAUCCAUCGAUUUGGCCAAGCACGCCCAUUACUGCAAGACGUACUGCUGAAGUGCCCCGAGCAGAAGGGGAAGACCAAGACCAUGGACCACGCUAUCUCGACGGUAGCGCAUUUUCGGUUUACAACGAUUCGUUGCCAAGCAGAUCACAACCUCAAACACCUGCUGAUCUUUCACGAAAUCUAUUGAUCACGGAACGUGAAGCAGCAUAUACGGCGCCACCUGGUAUGACCCGUUUUGGUCCAGUCUCAAAUGCUGCGCGUGAGCCAUCAGAUGCUGGCGGGGCCAUGGGACAGGAAAGUCCAACUUUACAUGCUAUCGCUAUGCGUGAGAGACGGAGCAGAGAGCUCUGGAGGAGUAUCAGAGUGGAGGGGGCCAGGAUGAGGAGAAAUCGGUUGAGAGAUCAAGUAUUGUUGAACGAGCAGGCUCCAGGUAGUGCCCGCGCACGACGAAGGCAAAGACAGGUAGAUGAAGAACCGUGGAGAGACGAAUUGGAUGCCGAUCGUGUUGGAGAAGAGAACUUCGAGACCAACUUCAGGGUCACGCCAGGAGGAGUGAUGCGAGUCGUCAGUGGGAACGCGAGUCUAAGGGGCGACGGCUAA